AUGACGUGUGAACAAAAUAAAACCGGGUCGGUUGUAACGGCAUACUGGGAUUAUGGCGCUGAAGUACCUUAUUGCAAAACAAACCCAUGUAAUCCGUUGUCACCUCCAGAAAACGGUGCAUUAAUUUGUCCGAAAUGGCUAUUAGGUCAAUUAUGUGCAAUGCAGUGUCAGGAAAAAUACGAUAUUCCGUAUGGAGUCAAAACUGAUUUUGGAAGUUCUAAUUUUGAUGGCCAGUUUAAAUGUUCACUCAAAACUGGCCAAUACUUUCCAACCAGCAUUGUUCCAAAUUGUACAGAAGUACGAAAGAUCCAAUUUAGCCGUCUCCUAAUUGAAUUUUCCUAUUUUACUGGAGACUGUAAUGAUGAGGAAACACGUGCCCAAAUAAAAGAAAAAUUUGUAAAUUUAAUGGAAAAGGAAGAAAAGACUGGAUUUGCAGGUAUCUGUACAAGCAACACUACAUGCAACGUUGAAAACACAGAAGUAAAAUGCGGACCAAUUAGGGGAAAACGUAGACGAUCAGCAGAUAAACAAAUGCAUGGUAUUCCACACGACCUUUACAGGAGAAGUACAUACGAAAUAAGGGUUAGCUUUUCUGUGAAGACUUCUUGGCUCCAUUAUGAUUCUUCGGAAGAAACUUUUCACUACAUGGAACACACUCAACGAAAAAUAUCUGACCAAAUCAAAGAUGAUGCAGUAAAUGGAAAAUUAAAUGUGGGUGGAUUGUAUCCAGAUAUAGAUUCCUUUUCAUUUGGUUUAAGCGAGCCUGAAUGUCCAGAGGGAACAGCAAUAAAACAGAGAACAAUGCAUUGUGUCCCGUGUGUUAUUGGCGCCUUUCUUGAUAAAUCAGACCCCUCACAGUCUAUAUGUAGAAAGUGCCCGAAGGGAUCUUAUAAAGAUUCAGAAGACACAGCCACGUGUACACCAUGUCCAAGUGAUACAUUUACCCUGGAUGAUGGAGCUGAAUCUUUGUCAGAAUGUUUAGACAUGUGUGGCAUUGGAGAGUUUUCCGUCAAUGGCUUAUUCCCAUGCAAUAUUUGUCCUAGAGGAACAUAUAGUAACAUAAAGAUGUCAAAAACUUGCAAGCAUUGCCCUCUUGGAAAAACAUCACACCCUAAAAGUGACUCUGUAAAUAAAUGUGUGGAUUUUGAUAUUACAUUUGUGAAAAGAGGGGAUGACAUCUCUUUAGAUGGUAGUCAAGUAUUCGAUUCAAAAAGUGUUGCACUUUUCACAUGGAUUAAGAAUCACAACUCUAGCUUGGUGUUGUUGCAUGGAAAGUCAAGUUCCUCUGAUUUGAAGAUUACAUACGGAGAAACUGUCUUGGUGGAAAUCAACGGAAAUGCCAAUUUGAUUGGACCGGACUUAAGAUUUGAUGUAGUUCUUGAUGAGGACCCAUCAACAGACAUUUCUAUAUCUGGGUAUCAGAUUACUCCAAAUAUUCCUUCUGAAGACGAGAUUCUUCUACAUGCAUCGUCAUGUAGUUACCUCGGGAAUGAUACGUUUGUUACAUUGAGUAACAUUGACUGGACAUCAAUUGAUAACUCACGCAUUAAAACGCCAAGCCAAUGUGACAAUGUCGACCAGUGUAUCCCAAAUCCAUGCAAUGGCCACCGCUGCAUUGACUUAGUUAGAAACUACAGCUGCGACUGUAACAAUGGUUUCACUGGUGAGACUUGUGAGGUUCCCCCCGACUACUGUAGUGCAGCGCCGUGUAAAAACGGUGGUGUUUGUCAAAAUGGAAAAUACAAUCAUAUAUGUACAUGUUCGAAAUUGUACAAAGGGAAAAAUUGUGAAAUUCCUGUCGUGAACGGUAGGUGGAGUGCAUGGAGUGAUUUUUCUGAGUGCUCAGUGACAUGUAAUGGAGGCAUUAAGACGAGAUCUCGUGUUUGUAAUAAUCCAAUUCCUGAUCCUGAAGGACUUCAAUGUGACUCUUCACUGUCGACUGAAAGUUUGCCAUGUAACACUGAGGCAUGUCCAUCUUGUGCAGAACUUAAACUUUCUUUUGGUAAUGUGGUAAACUGCUCGGAUAUUAACGGGGAGAAAGUGUGUGAAGUAUCUUGUAUAGUGGGAUACACGUUUGUACCAGGCAAUCUUCCUCUAAAGGAGUAUAGAUGUGGACAAAGCACUGGUUAUACUUGGAAUGGUCUUACACCUGCUUGCGGGAAGGCAGAAAUGCCCGACAGAUUAUCAUCAACAACUGUAGUCGAGUACAACUCUUCAAUUUCAUGUGUCGACUCAUCGACUGUCUUAAAUACUCUUCAGAGUAAUUUAGAAUCAUCAUUGUCGUGCUACAAACAUGGGAUAUGUGAGCUAUCAACAACAAUCAAUGAAUGUGAAGAUAAAAUAGAAACAAACUCUUUGCAAAUAAUCUUGACGGCAACACUUCCUCACGAAGAUUUGGAUUUAGGACAUUUCUAUUCAACAGGAAACUUGAGCAAAGCUUUACAAAGUUUAGUAAACAUAGUGACAGAACUUGAAAAUUCUACGAGGAAAAUAAACGAAUCCAUUGAAAUCCUUUCCUUCAACAUGGGCGGGGUUAAAUAUUUGCCUUCAAGUCAACAAGCUACAGGAACCGUUGUGUGCAGACUUGGACAAGGCAGCGAUGGGCCCAUUUGCAUUGAUUGUCCAAUGGGCACAUAUUCAACGACUAGAAAAUGUCUUCUAUGUCCACAAGGAACUUAUCAAAGUGAAAUAGGAGGAACCAAGUGCACGAAUUGUCCUUCUGGUUUAACUACAAAAUAUGAAGGAUCUCAAGAUGCUGCAAAUUGUUCUGGGGUAAUUGAGCAGCGUGGAAUCUCUAUGUGUCAGCGUCUACUGCGCCAACAGACCUCGGUCUAUACGGCCUCAUCCAAAGGACCAGUCUCCGAGACCCAAGUGGAAUACAAACCAGCUACAAAAGGAUCAAAUCCUUUCUUUGCGGCUCUAGAGCACUCCCUCUCACCACACCACUGCACUACUCAGUUGAAAAUUUGCCAAGAUGUAUUAUGGGAGGGUAACAUUGAAAGCAAGGUUUACACGAUCUAUCCACAAGGAGGGGGUCAGUUGGAGGUCUUUUGUGACCAACAUACCGAUGGUGGUGGAUGGACGGUUAUACAGAGGCGGAUGGAUGGGGUGAUAGACUUUUUCCGCAAUUGGAAGGACUACAAGUAUGGUUUUGGUAACAAGUCAGGAGAAUAUUGGCUUGGAAACCACCAAAUACAUGAAAUUGUUAACCAGGGAUAUUAUGAACUGCGGAUAGACAUGUCUGACUUUAAUAAUGAAAAAAGAUAUGCUCUGUACAGAAGAUUUUCCAUCGGUGAUGAAGGCCAUGGGUAUAAUCUUCAUGUUGAAGACUACGAAGGGACAGCAGGUGACUCACUGAUGAAUCCGCAUAAUGGGGCACAAUUCUAUACCAAAGACCACGAUACCUCACAUUCAUGUGCUCAGACAUAUAAGGGUGGUUGGUGGUAUAACGAAUGCCAUCUUUCCAAUCUGAAUGGGAUGUACCUUCGGGGAAACCAUGUGUCAUUUGCUGACGGUUUUAAUUGGAAUACAUGGCAUGGAUAUCACUACUCACUCAAGACAACAGAAAUGAAAAUAAAACGACUUUAAAAAAUU